GUCUUAUUCGGCUCUCCGCGGCACCGACGUCGCGACCUCUACACCCCGCGCGCACCAAAGAGUUUUAUAUCCAUCGCAUCGCUUCAAAAUACACACGACACAACUACAUCUUAAAUAGUUUUAAUAAACGGUGUGCACAACAUAAUAUUGUUUUAAAAUAGAUAAUAAUAUUAUUUACACGUAUUACGACGAUUUCGCUGACGGUGCGCGUCUGAUUACUUUGUCUCGAGACUGUUUUUGUCGCGUAUUGACACCCACCAGCGCGGGUGGAGUUGCUGCUGCCACGGCUGAUAUUGUCAUGCACCCACACCCGCGGCGAUCCGCGCGUCUGUCGGUGGCGCUGUCGCUGGUCGUGGUGAUGAUGGCGGGUUGCUCGAGCCCGGCCGCGUCGCUCAAGUGCGACGGCGGCGGUGAUGUCAACUUCGAACUGCUCACCGGGUACGCAGCCAGUCCCGCGGCCAAACACGCGAUGCGCGAGCAGUUGGCCCUGUUCACCUUGCCGCAGUGCAUAGACGCCUGCAAGUUGGACGACCAAUGUGCCGCCAUCACGUACGAGACGGGCGCCUGCGUGUCGUACGCCGCGGUGCCGCAGAAGAACGCCAACGCGGAUUUCCCAUUGAAACGAUCGCAUUACUCAACCCACACUGCAACGGUUGCUCGGAAAAUAUGUGUCCGGACACCGAAGUCGUGUAAUCAACGGUCGUGGAGUUUCGAUACAAUUCACGGGGAACUGAAAGUCACAUCCAAACAACAUUUCAAAGCUAUUUCACGGUCUGGUUGUAUGGACAAGUGUUUAAACGAGAAGAGCUUCCAAUGCAGGUCCGUCAACUUCAACAAGGAGACCGGUGACUGUUACAUGAACGACGUGGACCGGUUCACCGUGUCCGGGCGCCCACCGAUCAGCAAUCGAUCGGCCGACAUCGUGGACUACAUGGAGUCAAACUGCGUGGUCGAGCAACCAAAAAUGUGUGACUUUGUGGAAGUCGGCGGCAAGCUUCUGAGGACUGUGGACGCCAUCUACGAGAACGUGGCCACCGCAGACCGGUGCAAGGAGAUAUGCCUGGCAUCCAAGGAGUUCCAGUGCCGUUCAUUCGACUACAACGAGACGGGUGUGAACGUGUGCCGCGUCUCACACCACAGCACGUCCAGCCUGUCACAGCAGCAACUGGACCAUCGUCCUUACCUGACGGUAGCCGGUGCCACCACUUACCAGAUGUCGUCGUGCUUCAGCGUAAAGAUCGACUGCCGCGGAGCGGACAUGGUCGCGUCCGUACAUACUAACCGGCUGUUUGAUGGCAAGGUGUAUGCCAAGAAUCGGCCGAGUUCUUGCGUCAAUGACGUGAAGAGCACCCUGGACUUCGACCUCCGGUUGGACUACCACAGUCCAAACUGCGACGUCCGACAGGAUCAACCAGGAAAGUUUUUCACCGAAAUCAUUAUACAGCACCACGACCAGAUCGUCACGGGCCAGGACAUCGGACUUUCUGUGCGGUGUUCGUAUGACCUUCAGAACCGGAGCGUGGGCCAGGGCAUCGAAUUGGCGAUGGCGCCGGCCACGGAACCCGGUGACGACGGGGCCGAGUCAGACUCGCCCGACAAAAACGGCGGCGGUGGAGGCGGAGUCGGAGGCAAUGGUGUGGAAGAGACGGCGUUCGUCAUUUCACCCACGGUGAUGAUGAGGAUCACAAACAGGGCGGGCGGUGACAUACACGCCGCGCAGGUGGGUGACCCACUCAGUCUCCGGUUCCAUAUACUCGAUGACCGUUCACCGUACGAGAUAUUCGUCCGGGAACUGAUUGCCCUGGACGGCGUGGACACCAGCGAGAUACUGCUCAUUGACGGCGACGGUUGUCCCACGGACCCAGCCAUCAUGGGACCGAUAUCGGCUGUUGAUACAGGCGGCGGAGGCACCGUUAAGAUACUGGAGGCGCCAUUUGACGCGUUCAAGUUUCCCACGUCUGACAUCGUCCAGUUCAAGGCACUGGUCACACCCUGUUUGCCAAAGUGCGAGCCCAUCAACUGCAACGUGGUCGGCCACAACGGUGCGGUCCGUCGGGCCGACUCCUUCGGAAGGCGGCGCCGCAGACGUAGCGUCGGCGGUGGCAACCAAACCGACGAAGUGGUAUUCCAGGAGAUCCGCAUCGAGGACAAGUUCAAAUUCGAAGCCCAACGGGGCGAGCCUGGCCACGAGAUCAACUUCUCCGGCAGCAGCGGCACCUCUACCUCCACCAGCACAACAGGCGACCAGAACACCUUAUACUGGAACACAUACGCGUUCGCACUGAUGCUGGUCGCGUUCGUCGUGCUCCAGCUGUUUGUCAUAUUUGCGUGCUGGCUGUGCGCCACGUACAGGUCGCGGGGCAACCGCGAGGCCGCCUCUAUAUAUGAAUCGGCCGUCAGCGAGUACGCCUCCACCGUCCGGACACCGAUAUCCUGGGACAACAGUUAUUAUAAAUGAUUUUCAGCCAUCGGCGGAUAUCAAUUACCGAUUAUACUAUAAUAUACUAUACCUAGGUAUUGUGUAUAUCGCGGAUGCUUAUGACCGAAAACUAAUGUAACUUAUUAACUUUUAUAUAACUUAAUGUAGGUUACGUAAUAUUAUUAUAAUUACUUGAUGUAAAUAAAAUUAAACUGCGCCCGCAGAACAAGUAUUGGGUGGCGUGGAGCCGGUGAUAGGGUCGUAUGGGGAGGGUCACGAUCAACACCGCACGGAAACUGCGAAUUUAGUCGUCUUAUUAUUAUAUUCUUGGUAUACUAUGUCAUUAUAUUACAUAUUAUAUAUUAUAGGAGGUGCCGUGAUUAUUACAUUUCGGAAUUUCUCGGUGGUUGAUCUGAUACGGAUGUAGGUAUAGGUACCUAAAUAGGUACUAUAUUAAAUUACCUAUUAUUAUAUUAUAAGAUUUUUUAAAAAUUAUUUUAUGGGCGUGACUAACAAUAGUUAAAUACAAGUUAAUAAACAUAAGUUUAUCCUCCCUAUUUAACUUCUUUAAAUAUACCAAUAAAUAAGGAUGCCACAAAUCCAUAAUUGUAAUACACUACAGAGUCUAUAAUCAUUAAUCCUACUUAAAAACUCAUAAAAAGACUAUAGAAAUUUGGCAGUGCAUGUAUUUUUUGUUUUUCAAUUACACUAUAUCGUCUAUAUUACUUAUUCAAAAUAUAGAUGAUUGUUCUCAAAGCCUUUAUUUGAAACUUGAACAUUUUUAUUCGUUUAAGUGAAAAAAUAAUAAUCCUAUUGCUCAGGCAAAGUUCUACUCUUUUAGUUAUUUUUGUCAUACAAUUUAGAAUUAUAAUCUUAUACUGUAACAUUAUCGGCUAAUUCCGCUGUAAAAGCAUUUUUUUCUUAUAUAAUUUCGUUAAUUUGUGAUCAGCAUUAGUAUAGCCGUGCGACAAUUCGUGUAAGUUUUUCAAUUAGUAUUUAAAUAAUGUAUUAGUAUCCUUUUUUUUAUUUCGUUAAAAAGUGUUAUGGAUUUUUAAGUUCACUAGGUAUCUAUUAUUACGUAAUAGGUUAUCUAGCUAUCUUAAUAAUAUUAUUAAUAAAAACUUUAAAUCUUCAUAGUUAUAGAUUAUUAUUUUUUUUAUUCUUCAAGAAGAAAAUGGGGGUCCCACUGAAAACGUUUCAAUUAAGUAAUAUUUUUACUCGCUUUGUUUGACAAAAGAACGCCACUGACAUUGACUACCUACAGAAUAUAUACCUACAGUACGGUCCACGAAAACGUGCGGGUUUCUCUGAAAGCCAGUGUACCUCAACAUAUGAUCCGUGCCGACUGCCGGUGUUGCAGCUGGCGCGGCAUGCCGGCUGCAAUACCGGUGAGGCAACCAAAUGUUUUAUAUGUAGGAACAGUUUUCAAAUUUAUGUACGGUAAUUUUUUUUUAAUUGAGUACAAUUAUAUACAUUUUAUAAAAAAAAUAUACGCAUUGUACAAUAUACAUAUAUGUGUGUACACGAUUAAUUUCAAAAUUUAGCGGGAAAUAGUUUACCAACCACCGACGCAAAAUUGCCACGAGGCGCGCAGCGGUCACCCGCACGUUUUCGUGGACCGUACUGU